UGUGCUCUGGUCCAUGAUAUGCGUCAAAGUCUUCGCAGAUGUCUACCAUUAAUCCUAGAGAGAGUACAUCUAAGCCACCACGUUGGCCGGUGCAUGUUCAAUACUGUUUUGAGCCCCGCUAUCACUCGUCUGUGCCCGCAGAAAUACGCGCGUUGGUCGGUCCAAAGGCGUCGGCUUCUGGUACCAAGACGACUCCUUUCUGUCGUUGGACGGUCAUCAGACGAGUAACAGAACCUUCGCAUCCCGCUUGCGGCGAAUACGGCCUUUACGCUGUGAAGAAGAUCCCGCCUCGCACGCACAUUGUGGACUACAUCGGGGAGAUUCACUGCGAUGAGAGGCUUCACUCCGACUAUGAUCUCUCAUUAUAUCGCACACAGCAUGGUCUGAGCGUUGGCGUGGAUGCCUUCGCAAUGGGUAACGAGGCCAGAUUCGUGAAUGAUUACAGGGGUAUCAAGGCGAAACCCAACGCCGUCUUCGAAGAACGCAGGACACACGCCGGAGAGCUGCGCAUGAGUAUCUGGAGCAGCAACGAAGCGAUCAAGAAAGGAGAGGAAAUUCUGGUUUCAUAUGGGAAGAUGUGGUGGCAUGCUCGGUCAGUGGGCAAGGAUCAGACGAGUGAAGGAAGCCAUGAGUAGGGUCGUAACUCGGAGGUCUAUCACAUCUGUAUGUGAAAUUUUUCUGUGUGAGCCAAUCCUAGGAAAUCCGAUGAAAUUAACAACCUCUUCGACAAUGAAGGUUUCCGAUUCUGUGUUUUCGGCAUUGAUGCGUUACAUAGAAUGCACUUCGGA